AUGGAUCCUGAAAGGGCUCGUCCAUGUCUUACUUACACCCGUUCAGCACCAUCCACCAAAAAACAAAUCCUAUACGCUAAUGUUGAGACAUCGCUACAACAGCAGCCAUUCAACGAGACAACCGACAAGCCAAUGGAACAACGAGAAAGAAUCGUUGAUAAUGUGGAAUCGAAAAGCAGAAAGAAAAGUGGAGCAGUAGAUGAAAAGGGUGAGGAGGAUGAUCUGAUGAUCACUGACGACGCCCUCUCACUUCCGACGACACUUCAGCAAUCGUUCGCCAUAUCGUCGCUAUCAUCUGGUUCCAAAACUGACAGUAAGCGAACCUCAGAAAAACGCUCCUUUUCACGUCUCCGAAGUAAGUCACGUUCCGAAAUAUCGUCGUUAGGUUAUCGAGUGCCAGUUCUGUAUGAGAAAAUGCGUUCUGCCUCAAAUCCCGGUGCGGAUCUAUUUUUCACACGAAGUCGUCAUCCGCACUUCGAACGAUACGUGUCAAGUAAGUUUCAGUGCACACUCACAUAUCAAUGA